AUGGCUUUACGAUUUCUUGCAAGUUCAAGGAAAUUUUCGCAACCUCUACAAAUUUUUAUUCGAAGUUCGAGCGCUCUUACUGCACGUGAAGUUUUGCAAAAUGUACCUGGCGCGGAAUUGACAUGUUUAAAUAAUGGCUUUCGAAUAGCGUCUGAAAAUAAUGCUCGUCCAACAGCAACGGUUGGUGUUUGGAUAAACGCAGGAAGUCGUCAUGAAACGGAAGAAAACAAUGGUGUCGCUCAUUAUCUCGAACAUUUAUUAUAUAGGGGAACCAAAAACAUGUCUCAAACUGAGUUGGAGAAUCAACUGAGUAAUAUUGGCGCUCGUUUCAAAUCUUAUGUUACACGCGAUAAUUCUGCAUAUUUUAUUGAAUGUGCUUCCAAUGAUGUCGAGCAAGCUGUGGGCAUUCUGGCUGAUAUUUUAAGAAAUAAUAAUUUAAAUGAGGGGACUGUUGAACGUGAGCGCGAUAGAAUAUUGCAAGAAUUGGAAGACGCUGAAGAAAAUAUACAUAAUGUGGUUUUCGAUUAUCUUCACCAAACGGCAUUUCAGGGAACUCCAUUUUCUAAAUCUGUUCUCGGACCUACUAAAAACAUUGAGUCAAUGAACUUGAAACAAAUAAAAAAUUUUCUUGAGGAUAAUUUCAAACCAACCAGAAUGGUUUUAACUGGAGUGGGUAAUGUUGAUCAUGGUCAUUUAGUUUCUUUAAGUGAAAAAUAUUUUGGUGAUUUGGAGAAUACUUAUCCUCGAAAAUUGCCAUCGGUUGGUGGAAUCCGGUUUACUGGAUCUGAGUUUUUAUAUCGAAACGAUAAUAUACCAUUGAUGUACGGUGCAAUCGCUGUUGAAGGUGUGGCAUGUGGUCAUAAAGACGCAUUGACUUUGCAGAUUGCCACAACGUGCCUAGGCCAAUGGGAUAGAACAUUUGGCUCGUCUGUUGAUGGGCCAACACGUUUAAUCCAGAAAAUUGCGCUUGAUCCGCAUCUCUAUCAGUUGAUACCGUUCUCCUUGAAUUAUAAAGACUGUGGUCUUUUUGGCUUUUAUUUCGUACAUGAUGGUGCAGAUUUAUCAGAUAUAAGGCCUAUCGUAAAACUUGUCCAGAAAGAAUGGAAAUAUUUGUGUUAUGCGGUUGAUGACGAUGAAAUUGAUCGCGCUAAAAAUAUGUUAAAAACUGAAAUUUUUCUCACUUUAGAAUCAUCUACAUCGAGAGCAGAUUAUAUUGGUAAACAAGUUCUCUAUACCGAUAAUGUACGAAAACUCGCCGAUCUUGAGCAAGAUAUCGAAGCGGUUGAUAAACAUAGUGUACGAAGCGCUAUGAGCGAACAUGUUUAUGAUCGAGAUAUAGCUUGUGCAGGCGCAGGUCGUACUGAAGCUUUUCCACAAUAUGCUGACGUAAGAUAUGGUAUGUCAUGGUGGCGAAUUUGA